CCCCUCUCCCCUCUCCCCAAAAUCUCUCACCAAAUCCCAACUCCCAACUCCCAUCUCUCUCUCUCUCUCUCUCUCUCUCUCGUGCAAAGGAGAAGAAGAUGAUGACGAUGAUGCAAUCAAUUGGGGGUAAGGGGCAAUAAGAGCAGCAACAGAAACAAAAACAGAAACAAACGCUUUUCUUGUUGCGACUCAUGAAAUGGUUAUGUCAAACGUUUGGCGGUUUCACGGUUCCUUGCCCUCAACAACCCCUCCUUUCCCUCGACGGUUAACAACAUUUUCCUUAAAUCCUUCCCCCUACCGCAUCCCUCUCCGUCCUCGCCACCCAUAUUACCCCAACAACAAUCCCUUACAACAAGAGAAAAACGCCAGUUUCCUCCCACCACCGCCACUCUCCCCCCCAACACUUCAUCUCGUGUUUCCUCGGGCGGCGGCGGCGGCGACAUGAGAGUCACCAGCGUCGACGGCGUCGACCGGGUGAAGGGCUCAUGGAGCCCCCAGGAGGACGCCACGCUGAUGAAGCUCGUCGAGCAGCACGGCCCCCGCAACUGGUCCCUCAUCAGCACCGGCAUCCCCGGCCGGUCGGGGAAGUCCUGCCGCCUCCGCUGGUGCAACCAGCUCAGCCCCACCGUGCAGCACCGGCCCUUCACCCCGCUGGAGGACGCCACCAUCGUUGAGGCGCACAAGGUCCACGGCAACAAGUGGGCCACCAUCGCCCGCCUCCUCCCCGGCCGGACCGACAACGCGAUAAAGAACCACUGGAACUCGACCCUCCGCAGGAAACGCCCGGGUGAGCAGUCGUCCAUGUCGUCCGAGUCCAAUUCCGAGAAGCACCCCGGCCGUGACAACACCGCGGCCGAGUCUGAGACUGACUUGGAGAUCAAGAGGCAAUGCCUGCGGGUCCUCCCGGAUGAGAAUAGUCGCGACGGAGAGGUGAGGCCCAAGGGGCCGAGGACUUCACUCACGCUCUCUCCGCCCGGCGGGGGCGUCGUAGCUGCACUGGAAGAUGACAAGGCAGCACCGAAUCAGGCUGACGGAGAUCAAGAACCAGCAUCGACGCGAAGUGGCGACGCAAAGGUCGCAGCGGCAACAGCAACUAUGGAUGAUAGCUGUUUGGUGAUGAUCAUGAAGCGCAUGAUCGCGGAGGAGGUUAGGAAGUACAUCGACACAAUGUGCAUGCAACAAGGAGUUGCACCGGGAGUCCGCAAGCCGGAAUCUUCAUCGACCGUAAAGGACCCGUGAAGCCAUCAUCUUGAUUUCCUUAGCCAUCGGCUCUAGUGUUUUGGGUCCUUUUCUUUAGGGUUGCUUCGGUUAAGUAGGGAAAUAACAUAGAAUAAUACAUCUUGAGAGUCCACCAUCACUGCUUCUAAUGCGUUUUUUUCCUCUAUUUUCAAAAGAACAGCGGAGGCAGGAACGUAGUUAUCUUCAUCAGGUGAAGGCUGAAGGCAACGAUUCUAUGUACAUAGGAUGACAUUUUCCGCCCCGAUCUUCUUCAGUGUGAGUAGUGAUCCUCAGGAACUGAGUAAAUGGUGUUCAAGCAUCGUCAAGGGUCCCGUAAAACUGGUCAAGCGUGAUGGAAAUAGUGUUCAAGCAUUGUUAAGCGUCUGAAUAGAUUCUGUACGACAUGUGAUGUUGUAUGAUGGAACAGAAACAAGUAAACAAA